AUGAAGGUCAAAGAUUAAAUGUUUAAGGUUCUAAUUUUAGGUGAUCCAGCAGUCGGAAAAUCUUGUUUAUUGCUUUAGUAUUGCGAUUAAACUUUUUAACCAACUCAUGUUGCCACUGUUGGUAUUGAUUUUAAAAUGAAAGUACUCCAAAUACAAGAUUCAACUGUAAAGAUGCAAUUAUGGGAUACAGCAGGUUAAGAAAGAUAUCAAACAUUAGCAUCUACAUUAUAUAAAGGCGCUAUGGGUAUAGUACUAGUUUAUUCUGUUGAUAAUAGAAAAGCAUUCGAUGGUAUUGCUAGAUGGGUCAAAUAAAUCAAAGAAAACACAAACGAAAGUAUUUAGAUCAUAUUAGUGGCUAAUAAAAGUGAUUUACCCAAUAAAUAAGUAUCAACAGCUGAUGGAAGAAGAUUAGCUGAACAGUACUAGCUCGAUUUCUUCGAAGUAUCUGCAAUGACAGGUGAAAAUGUUAAGAAUGCAUUUGAAACUCUUGCUAAUAAAAUUUAUGCUCAUAUGAAACAAAAUCCACCUCCAGUAGCUUAAGAAUAAGAAACUGGAAAAAAAUUAACUGUUGCCUAAGCAACUACAACAACACCUUCUAAGCAAAAGGGUUGUGCAUGUGGUUGA